CAAUCAACAAACCGUCGAAAAGCUCGCCCGCCGUUCCCCCGCUGCUCCCCCCUCGUUUCCCCCCCUGCCUCCAGAUCUCGUGUCGCAGCGCAUGCGCGGGGCUCUGGCACAAGAUAUGGGCGCGACGCCCUCAGCGCACGACACCACCACGCCGCGAUUAUGAUUGUGAGGGACAGCCCUAAGGCGAGGGCACCCAAGGAGGCCCCGAAUUGGCCGCCCAAGUCUCCACUCCACGCCAUACUGUUGUCGCCCUCGGCGCGCCAAAAGUACGAAAAUCAGCGCCAGCGCCAGCGCAGCGCAACCUCGCCCUCGCCCACCAAGCUUCGCCCUAUGUCGCGCACCCAAUCCACCAUCUCGGACGACGAGGAAGAGGAGGACGAGGAGACGUUGCAACUGCAACUCCAGGCCAUCGAGGCGCGCUUGAAGCUGAAGAAGCUGCAGAAGGCGAAGAGAGCGAUCGACGAUGGAGACACCAACAGUAUCGACAUAUCCUCGCGACCGGGCACAGCGGCUAGCCGGCGACCGGACCUUCCAAAACCGCGCUCCGAGGUGCAGGUACCUGUGUCGCCGCAGAGAAACAGACGGGAGCCCGAGGAACAGAAAAGCCCGGCUAGGGUAUUGCUUGGCAUCGAUAAGGGGUUGAGGGCGCAAGACGUCAGUCUCAAGCGCGCGUCGAGUUUGUCGGCCCGGCAGGCGGCUGGUCACUCACGGACACGAUCAGCGCCGGCAGUCGAGGCACCCAAGAUCAAAAGUUUCAGCGAGAGGAUUGCGGAUAGCAGGAAUAAGGAGAAGGAGCGCGAAGAGAAGCAAGCGAGGAUCGAGAAGAGCAGGACGGGUGGCUUUGGCCUGCAGAACAUUGAGGGCGUGAAGGACAGGCCGGCUUCCAGAGCUGCCUUCUCGCUAAGCUCAAGGACGAAAACCUCGGAUGAUUCCGCUUCUUUAGGGAAGAGUCUCGCACAGAGUCGGCACAUGAACAAUCUGCGGGAAACUGCAACCCCCCGGCCGGGAUCUACAUUGUCCGGAAGACUGGAGCGAACACCAUCCGCAGCCUCAAUACCGCCGUCAAGAGGAUUUGGUCCCACAGCUACAGCAGCAAAGUAUGCAGAGAUAUCGCAACGGGACGACAGCACGGAUGCUCCGAGCUUUGAGUCCUUCUCUGGCCUGCACCUCAAGUCUCGAGAGAUGCAACACAAUACAGUGACCCGGACACUGGAUGGCAAGACUGUCGUCACGAUCCCUCAGCUCUUGAAGACCGUGAAAGCUCCUGAAUAUGAACCGCCGGAUAUGGAGAAUGACUACGUGGUCAUGGGUGUCAUCGCCGCCAAGUCGUCGCCAAUGGCCACGAAGAACGCAGUCAAGCAGAGAUCGGCGGGCAACCAAGAAGAAGAUGCGCAUGCGACCAACAAGUUUAUGAUCAUCACUUUGACGGACCUCAAAUGGGAGCUACAGCUAUUUCUCUUUGAUACUGGCUUCUCGAAAUACUGGAAACUCACGCCUGGCACACUGAUUGCUAUUCUGAAUCCCGAUAUCCUCCCACCUCGCGACCGUGGCUCGACCAAGUUCUCUCUAAAGCUGACUAGCUCCGAUGACACCGUGCUAGAGAUUGGCGCAGCCCGGGAUCUCGACUUUUGCCAUGCCAUGCGGAAAGACGGCAAGGAAUGCGCGCAGUGGAUCGACGGACGCAAGACUGAGUUCUGCGACUUCCACCUUGAACUGCAGGUCGAGAAGAGCAAACGAGGCCGGAUGGAGGUUAACACCAUGACUGGCUUCGGCAAGGCCCCUGGGGCUGGCCGAGGCAGCAUGUUCGGCGGCCGGGGAAGAGGGAAGGGCGAUGAACUGAGACGGGAAGGAAGAUAUCACGACGCUUUUCUUCACGAGACCAUGUACAUUACGCCCGGUGCCGGCAGUUCGGCGCGAUUGAUGGACCGAGAUGAACAGCCAUACAGUGUGACGGAGCGCGCGGAAAAGCAUCGUAGGCAGCUCGCGGAGAAAGAGAAAGAGCGCGAGCUGGCAAAAAGGCUGGGCGAUCUGGGCAGUGGUGCUGGAGGGGAAUACAUGAGGCGCGCUGCGUUGAUUUCGGCUUCAGCCAUGCAAGCAGAGUCGUCGCGGUCUUCCUCCGCGCUGGAUGACCCCUUUAUCACCAAGCCGUCAGGUCCGACCGACGUCCUCGGCCUCCUAAACAAAAGAGCAGAAGACGUCUCGCUGGACCGCGGCCCUUCUGCUGCUGCUAAGCGCAAGCGCGCCAUCUCCGGCAAGUCGACCGCGUCGAAUGAGCCCGUAGGCUGGGGCGGCGCCGGCAAGCGGGGUCUCCUUCUGUCCCCCACCAAGGUGGAGCGCGCCUCAUCUAUGCGCGGAACAAGAGAGCCUAGUCCGGCGAAGAAGAAAGCAAGACUGCUCCUGCCGGAGAAGGGGAUUCGCGAGCCGGGCAGGGACAGCCUAGGCACCAUGGACGUGGGACUGCUGGCGGCCAUGGACGACGAUGACGAUCUGGAGGUUGUUUGAUUUGGGGAGACUUUGGACAUGAGCUUCUGAUACCAACACUAGGGUUUAUUAUGUUUACGCCCGCUGGGCUGUGUAUGAUGGAUGGCAUGGAUGGUGGGUGUUUUGGCGCGCAUGGGGCUGGCACGCACUGAUUGGCUGGGCUAAGCUCGGGCCACUAAGCGAGUGAAAGUGCAACAACUUUUUGGGCGGGCAGGCAUGAACAGCCUACAGACUACGACCGUUUCCUUUUGUAUACCC